AUGGCUUUAAUUUCUGAGGCCUGUCCUCUGACCCUGCAUAAAAGGCGGAGACCGAGACGGCGGAGACGGCAGAGGAAGGUGGAGGCUGAGGCUAAGGUGGCCGAGCGGGCGGCAGCGGCGGCGGGGAAGGUGGCAGCGGCGAGGAAGGUGGACGCCACCGAAAAGGUGGAGGCGGCCGGGAACGCAGAGACGGUGGAGGAGCCGGGCCGCCGGCGGGAGCUCAAGCUGGAGUCGGAGCCCGAACCUCUGCGGGAGGCUGAUCAGGAGCCGAAGGGGGAGCCCGAGCUGGAGCUGGAGGAUGAGAACCCAAAGCAGAGCAGCGGUGGAGGCGGCAAUGAUGAGGUUCUUCCCCUUCCCCUUCCUCCCGACCCUCCGCGGCCCCCCGCUCCCUCCCAGCGUCGCAGUCGUGCCCCCCGCCGCCGACCCCGGCCACGGCCGCAGACCCGGCUGCGAACCCCGGCGCAGCCUAGGCCACGGCCCCCACCCCGGUCCCGGCCCCGACCCCGACGCGGACCUGGGGGCGGGUACCUGGAUGUGGAUUUCACUCUGGGUCCCCCAGGCUGUUCCCACGUGAACAGCUUUAAGGUGGGAGAGAACUGGAGGCAGGAGCUGCGGGUCAUCUACCAGUGCUUCGUGUGGUGUGGAACCCCAGAGACCAGGAAAAGCAAGGCAAAGUCGUGCAUCUGCCAUGUGUGCAGCACCCAUUUGAACAGACUCCACUCUUGCCUUUCCUGCGUUUUCUUUGGCUGCUUCACCGAGAAGCACAUUCAUGAGCACGCUGAGACAAAACAACAUAACUUAGCUGUAGACCUUUAUUACGGAGGCAUCUACUGCUUUAUGUGUAAGGACUAUGUAUAUGACAAAGACAUCGAGCAAAUUGCCAAAGAAGAGCGAGGGGAGGCUUUGAAAUUACAAGCCUCCUCUGCCACCGACUUUUCUCACCUGCAAUGUUUCAUGCCAGGCUUCGGUGACAGGUACCCAACUUGGGAGACAUCCAGACCUGAGUUUGAACUGCUGGGACACAACCCCAGGAGAAGAAGAAUCACCUCCAGCUUCACCAUUGGCUUAAGAGGACUUAUCAAUCUUGGCAACACCUGCUUUAUGAACUGCAUCGUCCAGGCCUUGACCCACACACCAAUACUGAGAGAUUUCUUCCUCUCAGACAAGCACCAGUGUGAAAUGCCCAGUCCCGAGCUGUGUCUGGUCUGUGAGAUGUCUUCACUGUAUCGAGAGUUGUAUUCGGGCAACCCAUCUCCUCAUGUUCCUUAUAAACUGCUGCACUUGGUGUGGAUCCAUGCACGGCACUUGGCAGGAUAUAGGCAGCAGGAUGCCCACGAGUUCCUCAUUGCUGCGCUAGAUGUCUUGCACAGGCACUGCAAAGGUGAUGAGGUGGGCAAGGCAGCCAACAAUCUCAACCAUUGCAACUGCAUCAUAGACCAAAUCUUCACAGGUGGCCUGCAGUCUGAUGUCACCUGCCAAGCCUGCCAUGGUGUCUCUACCACCAUAGACCCAUGCUGGGACAUCAGCUUGGACUUGCCUGGCUCUUGCACCUCCUUUUGGCCCCUGAGUCCAGGGAGGGAAAGCAGUCUGAAUGGGGAAAAUUAUAUCCCAGGAGUCCCCACUCUCACAGACUGCCUGCGAAGGUUUACGAGGCCAGAGCAUUUAGGAAGCAGUGCCAAAAUCAAAUGCAGUAGUUGCCAAAGCUACCAGGAGUCCACCAAACAGCUGACAAUGAAGAAACUACCUGUUGUUGCCUGUUUUCAUUUCAAACGAUUUGAACACUCAGUCAAGCAAAGACGCAAGAUCACUACAUACAUAUCCUUUCCUCUUGAGCUCGAUAUGACACCAUUCAUGGCCUCAAGUAAAGAGAGCAGGAUGAAUGGACAGUUGCAACUGCCAACUAACAGUGGAAAUGAUGAGAAUAAGUAUUCCUUGUUUGCAGUGGUUAAUCACCAAGGAACCUUGGAGAGUGGUCACUAUACCAGCUUCAUCCGGCACCACAAGGACCAAUGGUUCAAGUGUGAUGAUGCUGUCAUCACCAAGGCCAAUAUUAAGGACGUGAUGGAUAGUGAGGGAUAUUUGCUAUUCUAUCACAAACAGAUCCUGGAACAUGAGUCAGAAAAAGCAAAAGAAAUGAAUACACAAACCUACUGAAAUGGCACACCGACCUACCUUUGAUGACUCACUGACAACAACAUCCAUGCUAUAACUGGCAUCAAGAUUUCAAGGAUCUACUUGCGUGGCCUAUGGGCCUGACAGAGUAAGAAAUGAACCAUAUCCAGUGUCUGAAAGGUCCUGAUUGGAAGAGAAGUAGAAGGGAGGGAGAAGGGAGAGGCCUUAAUGUAGGCAGUCACUGAAAGGAAGAACUAAAUGACAGGAAGGCUCUGGGUGGGGAAGGCAGAAGCAGGAAAAUCCUGACACUAGUACAUAUCCUAUAUUCCUCCAAAAGAUUGUGUGGGAAAGUGUGGGGUGGGAGGGGGGCGGUGUGUGGGGGGGUGUGCCCUUGUAACUGUAAACACCUUUCUCCAUGGGUUUUUCAGCUUCAGCUGACCAAUCAUAUAACAGUUCUGUGUUGAAGGGGGGAAGAAAAGUUUAUACAAAUGUAGCCCAUUACCUGUAUGGGUUUGAAAGUGGAAAAGUGGAGGAGACGGGGAUAUAUCAUUGACAAACACCUUUGCCAGUUUCUUUGUGUUUGUGAUUUCUGUGCUAUUAAAUGCAGUAUUUAAAAAAAAAAGCAAAGCCUAUAUGGACCAGUGAAAGAAGCAAAAGAAAGGGGCUUGUAAAGGGGGAGCAACUGCUCCUAAAGCGGAGAAGACAAAUGCUGUAAGAUAAGUAACCAACACAGACAGGCCGCAGCUAAGAGUGUAGUGUAUGUGUGUGUUUAAAAAAAGCUAUAUAAUAUACUUGAGCAAAUCAAUGAUCUUCUUUGCUAUUGUUCUCUCAUCUGUACAAUGCAGGUAAUUCCUUUCCUUAAAGCGUUAUUGUUAAAUAAUAAAUGAUAUAAAUUGUGUCAG